AUGCAGAUUAAUGAAGAUCAAGACCGUCACCAGUCCUCUCUAGAGGGGGUUCUGGACCUCUCAAUACCCUUGUCAUUAACACCACAACAGCAUGAGUCGGCAAGGAACCUGGUGAUCAGGCUUGUACGGCAUUAUGGCCCCGAGAAGACCGUUCGGAAUGGCUAUCGGCCUGCGGCACUUAUCCAGGCUACUCUCGAGCACGUUACAUCGCCGGAUACCUUUAUGACUUUCUUCCUCUCAUACAUCUAUGAGUACCUGUGUUCGGAUGAAGGACAUACCGUUAAUUCCGAUAUUACUCACGCCUUGGUAUUCUUCGAGGGAUUUUCUUCAUGGGAACCAGAACAAAUAAACAAGCUUUACGAAAGCUUAGAGAAGUUUGCUGAGUAUAUCGUUGCAAAUUUCCUCCUUCCCCUUAGAGCUUCAUCAGUCAAGACACCACAACCAACGCCUACGUCGUUAUCAUCGCUGCAGAGCUCAACACCGACUGGAACGAGGCAGCUUAUAUCUGAUUUACGGCAGAACUAUCUUAUCCGCGACCGCCACCGCUGUGUAGUGUCUCGGAAAUUCGAUAGAAGCGAUUUAAAGAAAAAUGCUCUUCGGAUCUUGGACAUGUUCGAUCCCGGAAUAAUCCAUCUUAUUGACGGACCCAAAAUCGACAGUCCUAUGAACGCCCUCACUUUAACACUAGACUACCACCGGCUAUUCGGCGAAUUUCAGAUCUAUUUUGAACGCACUGGCACACCGCACCAGUACAGGAUUGACUCGACAGAACACAGUCUUUUCUUACGUGACCCUUUGUUUCCCGUCACACGAUCGCUGACCCUAAGUCCUCAUCGCACGAUAGAUCCGCCAUCCCCCCGGCUUCUCGAUGUACACCGCGCCAUUGCACUUAUUAUGAAACUUAGCGGCGCUGGCGAAUAUAUUGAGAGGGUCCUUCGUGAUAUGGAGGAGCUAGAUGUCAGAGAAGAUGGAUCGACAAAUCUAGGAUAUCUUGCAGGCUUACGACUUGGCGGGUGGUUAGAUACCCUAUCAGUGGAUUAG